CUGGGGGCACUCGGCACGUCGGGGACUGGCAGGAUGCAUCCCCUGGCACUGCUCGGGUGCCUCGUGGCUCUGAGCCACUGCGCUCUCGCGUCCAAAGUCUGUCCCAGGCCACCAGAAGUGUUGUUUGCCACACUCAAUGUAGACAAAAAGGUGUAUGAAGUGGGUGAGGAAGUGGAGUACACGUGCCGGCCCGGGUUCAUGCCCAACAGUGGGCAGAGGAAGUACACGUGCCUCCCAACGGGCAAGUGGGCCUUCAACACCCUGCUCUGCCUCCCAAAGAGAUGUCCCCCUCCUCCACCCCUGCAGAAUGGGAAAAUGGAUUUUGAAGAGUUUCAGUACCAGAGCACUGUAACUUUUUCAUGUGAUCCAGGCUACAACCUUGUUGGGUCAAGAACAAGCCAGUGCAUGGCAGAUGGAAAGUGGACUGGAACUUUUCCCCGCUGUCAACCUGUGACUUGUGCACCUCCCUCGCUCCUGGAAUUUGGGGUCAUCUCUUUCCGUCGCCUGCAUCCUGGAAAUGUCUCUUAUUUCCUGGACACAGUCCAGUUUGAAUGUGUCCCUCCUCUUGCCCUGAUUGGGAAUGAGACAGCCACCUGCAUGGCCAAUGGCACCUGGAGCAGCAUUCCAGUGUGCAAGGUUGUCACCUGCCCCACUCCAACAGGAAUAGAAAAUGGGUUUAUAGAUUUUGCUGUGCGCAGAACCUACCACUACAAUGAGAGCGUCAGCUUUGGCUGCCAGACCGGCUUCGUCAUGGAGGGACCCAAACACUCCCGCUGUGAGAACACUGGGAACUGGUCCACAAAGCCAGUCUGCAGAGCACCAUGUAAAAUACCAGUAAAGAAAGCUGUAGUAUUGUACAACGGUGAGAAGAAGAGAGUUCAGAACGACCUGAAGGAUGGCAUUCUGCACGGGGAAACUGUAUCCUUCUUCUGCAAGAACAAGGAAAAGUCCUGUGCCUACACUGUAGAUGUGGCAUGUGUGGAUGGCAACUUCACCCUCCCUGCCUGCUUUAAAGAACGUGGCUUUUUCUCAACUCUGGUGAAGAAAGACCCCUCAGAGAUGAAAGCAUGUGAAGAUGAAGCCUGAAGCAGAGAAAUAACCCAGUACUAAACUUCUGCCUUACUGAGACAGAAUAUUCCACAUAGGAGAGAAAAACUUAGGUCCUGUGAGUGUAACUUGGGUCUUGUAAAUGUAACUCAGGUCCUGUAAGUGUAAAUUUCCAGGUGAACUCUGGAAUCUGUGAAUGCUUUCUUCCCUCCCACUAUCCCCUCCACUCUCUUCCACAAGCUACAACACAACAUUUCAGCCAUUAACUUCCACUCUCUUGUCUCUGCCUUCCAAAUCCCUGCACUAGUGCUUCUCUCUCCACAUUUCCAACAUUUAUGCAACUGUAAAUGACCUCCUCAAUAGCAGUUGCUUUACAAUAAAGUGAUUUUCAGCCACUAGUGUGUUCUUAUUUAAUAUUACCUAAUCAUCAAUCAGAUCCUUUAGCUCUAGACUGAUUUAUAGCAAGAGGCCUUAAUCAUUAGUAAUUACUGGGUUCUGAUUCCAUUACCACUCCCCUGUGACAGGGAGUGGACCUUUAAUUAUAGAUAGAGGGCCAUGAGCCUGGGAUUUUCCAGAAUUUACGUAAGUAGAAAGACUGAGAUUUCCAAAUGAGUUUAGAAGCCAAGAAUCCAACCAUGAUUUAAACAUCAACAACAUCAGAUAAAGGGUUUUUUAAUAUUUCUUUAAAAAAAUGCUUCAGUUAGUAAGACUAUUUACAUUUUAGAGAUUCUAACUUCACCUGAAACUGUUUUAAACCACUGUUAAUUUUUACCUCUGUUUCAAUAUUACACAACAUAAUUGCUUCAGUUUUGGGGGUUUUUUGUUGUUGUUUUUUUUAAGAGAACUGUCACCAUUGAGCAAUAGUUCUGAUCUCUGAUCAUUAAGUAGCUCUGAAGUAAACUGUACUUUUAAUUUGAUUUAUGAUACAGGCAGCUUACUGGUAUGAUCCAGUUUGGCAAGUUUUGUGCUUAUGUCUGUAUUUUCAUUCAGAAAAAGUAAUUAUAAUUUCAACAUACUAGAAAGUGAUACAGAAAUAUUUGUGGUACACUUACAAUAAAUUGUCAUGAGUCAUA